ACUUGUAAAAUCCGACAGCUGCCUGUGCAGUGCACUAUAUGUAGCGCAGCUCUGACGCCACUUCCGGGCGCGGCGCAGAGCGCUGUAUUGGAGCUGUCAGCCAUGGCUCUGGGAGCUAGUAGUUCGGGUGAUGUGAGGCCGGAGUGUGAUCUGCUGCACCCGGAGCUGCUCUCCAGGGACUUCCUGCUGCUGUCUCUAGGCCAGAAAAAUAUUGCGGUUGAAGAUGCAUUGAAUGACAAAGAGAAGCUAACGGAGAUAUUUGUCCUUCAUGCCAUGCCCCUUCCUCAGAGACCUUUACCCAAGAGCCGGUGGGGUAAAAUGAUGGAAAGUAAGAGGGGUGAAAAGAAGCACAUGGAGCCACAGACAAAUGUUGAAAGUGGAAGAAAACGACCUCUCAUAGUGUUUGAUGGAAGUUCUACAAGCACUAGUAUAAAGGUGAAAAAGACAGAAAAUGGAGAGACAGCUCUGAGAAUCCAUCCACCAUGCCCAGAAAAAAACAAUAGCGCACGUGUCGAAUCAGGAGCAGCACCUACUAGCCCUGUGUCCCACCUUAGUUCUCCUACUGCCAACAGACAGACCAAAGUGGUCACUAUUGGUAACCAUGGACAUAUGACUAGUAGGCCAGGAAGCAAUGUGGCGGCACUCAAUUUAAAAGCACAGUCACCCAUCAGUGGAGUUGCUGUCAAAAUAAAAAGAGCUGCACCAAAGGAGGAUUCUGAUGUGACGAAUGACCUGAAGCCCUCCGAAGCAAAGAAAAAGAUUCAACAUGUCACAUGGCCAUGAUUACCACCCUGAGGACAUACCAAACGUGGACUUUGUAAUAUCAUCUUUUAAUGAUCAGUCAUGGAGUUGAGAGACAAAUGGACAUAGAUAACACUUUUGUAUAAAUCCAGAAUUUUGGUUGGAGGUGCAUGAAGUUUGCCACAGGACAGUGUUCCCAGGACCAGAAAUGCAUAACUUUCCACAGAUCACAUCUUCAUACGCGGAUUUACUGUUUAUUGUUGAGCAGAAUCUGACUUUUGGUUCCUGAGGAUAGAAAGUUUAACACUGUCCUAAAGAAUCUUAGAGUAGGGUUUUUGUUGUGGUUUUGUUUAUUUUAGAUAUAUUAACAGAACUGACUUGUAUUAUUUUUAUAAUAUAAAGAGGUUUAAAUUUC